GCUGUCAUGGCGUCGGAGGCGCUGGCUGAGGAGUGCUGGCUGCGGUCUCUAUAGAGCCAGGGGCGGGCGGCCGGCCGGGUAUGGAGAGCGGCCCCGAGAGCCUGCUGCCGCUAGAACACGGGGUGGCGGCCGCGCCAGGGCCGGGAACAGGUACUCCCCCAGAAGGACUACAGGAGACCAGGCUUGCCUCUGGAGAUGGUCCUGGAGUACGGGCGGCGGAGAACGGCAGCGGGAAUGGGCAGGGGGCGGCGACUGCCAGAAGCCCCCCAGACUCCGCUUCUCCCGCGGGCUCUCCUCAGACUCCUGGACUCUGCAGCUCCUUCCCGGGCUUGGACUUGAAGGAGAGCGUUUUGGAGCGUCCUGCUCCCGCGAAGGCGCCUCUGAGAGGGCAGCACAAGGUGACCGCCUCCCCCGAGACAGCCGAGGCCGUUGCGGGCCUUGGUUUGGGUCCGGCCGGAGACUCGGGGCCCCGCCUGGAUCCUGCUGACACCUGCCGAGCAGAACUGGCGGCCGCUGGCUCCGAGGAGCCCCGUAGCGCUGGCGGCCUCAGCAGCAGUUGCAGCGACCCGAGCCCUCCUGGGGAAUCGCCAAGCCUGGACUCCCUAGAGUCGUUCUCUAACCUGCACUCUUUCCCCAGUAGCUCCGAAUUCAAUAGCGAGGAGGGAUCAGAGAACAAGGUUACAGAGGAGGAGGAAGGCGCGGCAGUAUUGCCUCGGGCUGCCCCUCUGUGCAGAGAGGAGGAGGAGGACACCGCUCAGGUGUUGGCAGCCUCGAAGGAACGCUUCCCGGGACAAUCUGUGUAUCACAUCAAGUGGAUCCAGUGGAAGGAAGAGAACACACCCAUCAUCACCCAGAAUGAGAAUGGACCCUGCCCAUUGCUGGCCAUCCUCAAUGUUUUGCUUCUGGCCUGGAAGGUGAAACUUCCACCAAUGAUGGAAAUCAUAACUGCUGAACAACUGAUGGAAUAUUUAGGAGAUUACAUGCUUGAUUCGAAGCCAAAAGAAAUUUCAGAAAUUCAACGUUUAAAUUAUGAACAGAAUAUGAGUGAUGCUAUGGCAAUUUUGCACAAACUUCAGACAGGCCUGGAUGUAAAUGUCAGAUUCACUGGUGUUCGAGUGUUUGAAUAUACACCGGAAUGCAUAGUGUUUGAUCUUCUUGAUAUUCCCUUGUACCAUGGGUGGUUAGUGGACCCUCAGAUUGAUGACAUUGUAAAAGCUGUUGGUAACUGCAGCUACAACCAACUAGUGGAGAAGAUCAUCUCUUGUAAGCAAUCAGACAAUAGUGAGCUGGUUAGUGAAGGCUUUGUAGCUGAGCAGUUUCUAAAUAAUACAGCCACUCAACUGACAUACCAUGGAUUAUGUGAACUAACUUCAACCGUUCAGGAAGGAGAACUUUGUGUGUUCUUUCGGAAUAAUCAUUUUAGCACCAUGACCAAAUACAAGGGUCAACUGUAUUUGUUGGUAACAGACCAGGGAUUUCUUACUGAAGAAAAAGUUGUUUGGGAAAGCCUGCACAAUGUAGAUGGUGAUGGAAAUUUCUGUGACUCAGAAUUUCAUCUUCGGCCUCCUUCAGAUCCUGAAACUGUAUACAAAGGACAACAAGAUCAAAUAGAUCAGGACUAUCUUAUGGCAUUAUCUCUACAACAAGAACAGCAGAGUCAAGAGAUGAAUUGGGAACAAAUCCCAGAAGGAAUCAGUGAUUUGGAACUAGCGAAGAAACUUCAAGAGGAAGAAGACAGACGGGCUUCUCAGUACUACCAGGAACAAGAACAAGCAGCAGCAGCUGCUGCUGCUGCUACUACUACUGCUAAUACACAGGCCCAGCUGGGCCAGCCGGCACAAGCCUCUCCAUCAAGUGGAAGACAAUCUGGGAAUAGCGAACGGAAACGAAAGGAACCUCGAGAAAAAGAUAAAGAAAAGGAAAAGGAAAAGAAUAGCUGUGUCAUUUUGUAACAAGUACUAGAUUCUGUUGGAAUCACCUAUAUGUGUUGAGAAACAAGACCACAUGAGGAAAGGAAGAAAAACCGAUAAUACCGUCUGUGCCUGAUUUCCCAUUGGAUUUUGUUCAUGUUUUUCAGGGGAAAGGUUGUUACUUUGUUACAAUCAGACUUCUUGAAGUCACACAAUAUACUCUUUAUGAGCUGGAGUUUCAUGUUACAAGUUGGAAAUGCUGUGUUGUCAUUCAUGAAGAAUACUGCACUUGUAGCCAAAUAAGCAAAUCACAGCAAAUUUUGUGUCAUAGUGACAUUCAUAAUUCAUAUCAGUUAGUAAGCUAUUUCAUCUUCUAACAAUGAAUGGAGGUAUUUGAUUUAGUUUGAUUCCUUCCUGAAAUCUAAGUAUUAGCACAAUAGUUUCUGAAAUUUUUGCAACCUUAAAUUAUGAUCUAAUCCAUGAGAAACCAGGGGUUUAAUAUGGAAUUUAAAAAUAAAUAAAUAAAUAAAUAACAGGAAUAAAUGAUCCUUAAUUGUAUAUUGAACUAAUUCAGCCCUUGAACAGCUUUACCUUUCUUUAAUAAUGUACAUUUUAGAUAUUAAGAACAAAUAAUGGAGCUUGGAUUUAAUUUAGAUAGAAAAAAAAUAAAGAUUUGUAUUUCUUUUCCAAUAGCAAAAAAAAAAAAAAAUUAUAUAACACUAAUACUUACAACCUGUCCAAAUCACAUAUUAAUGACUUUAUAGUGUUGUGAAAUUUUGAGGAAUUUUUAAGUCGUUAAGUAGGUAAUCUGGACCAUACUUACUAUUUAUUAACCAUGUGACAAGUGAGUUUAAGGAGGAAACCACAGUGGAUGCUAGGCCUUGUAAAUAUGAGAGUGUAGGAAAGUAGAUAGUUCAUUGUCUACCUUUUUUUAGAAUUGCCUUGAACCUUAAAUUUUAAAUCAUGUUUAUUACUAGAAAAUUAAAUUAUUAAAAAACCAACAAAAAAAGCACAUUUCUAUAAGAAGUAAAAGAUAAUCUCUGAGUCUAGUGAAAAGACAUUAAUAAAAAUCAGAGUAGAUAAGAGUUUAGAGGAAUUUAUGUAAAAGCAAGCAGACUUUUUAACUUAUGAGAACCAAAUAAACAUAACACAUAGUGUUUAUAGAAUUCAGAAAAAAUAUUUAUUUAACUUUAUUAUGAGGCAACACAUAUUUUCCUGUAUUUCUAGAUAUAGUUUGGACAACUAUCCUUAAUAGUCCUUUUUAUAUGCUUUAUAUUUAAAGUUUGUUUUUAGUCAUUUUUGAAAAAAAAAUGCUGCUGCAAAUAGUAUAUAAUUUACAUUCUAAGCCUCAAAAAAUGUGUUUAUUUAGGAACAUCAUAACAUGACCUGAGCAUCCACUUGGAGAGUAUUUCUUGUGGUUUGAGGUGACAAAAUUUUGACUACAAAAAAAAGUGAUCUAGAAUUUUUUUUUAAAGUUAUAUCAUUUACUUUCUCUGUGAUCCAAAACCAGUUAUAGAAUGACUCUAUAUGUAAAAACUAAAAUCUUAUUUAUGGAAGGAAUUAUUCUGAGGGGAAAUAAAUCCAGGGCCAAGCAUAUCUUUUACAUCCUUCUAUUUUGCAUGUCUAUUUGUGUUACAUAAUUUGUUAUUUCUUCAGAUUUCCUAUUCUAGAAUGAUAAAUCAUCAGAGAACCUGUUUGGGGUAUAAAACUUGGAUACAAAAUAUUUGGUGAGUCUCUUGAUUGUAACCCAGAUAUCUGGACAUUGGUAAAGUAAUCAGAUAUACUAUAGAACUUUACAUUGGCUUAAAUAGGUUGGUCUUAAUCUGAGUUUACUCUUGAUAUCAUUCUGUUGGUUGAAGGAGAAAACUCAAACCUCAAAGUUUGUUCUUCUCAGAAUAAAUAGUAGUGACAGUGCAUUAUAUUUUAAUAAAAAAAAACUUGAUAAUUUACAAAAGUAUAUUUGAGGCAUAUUUUUCCAUAAUUAUAUACUUAGCUAUUUAUUACCCUUGAAGAAUAUAUGUGUAGAAGUUAUUUUUCUGUUGUUUGUUCCUAUCUUCUUAAUUUGUUCCAAAGAUAAUACUGCCAUUCAGCAUUCCCUCUAGAAGAAAAAAAAAAAUCACUCAAAACCAGCAAUGCUGCUAUAAGUAGAUGUCAAUGUGUACUUACGAGAAAAAUUUUUUAAAAAUGCAGUGUGUUUGUUAAUUCAGUCUUUUUCUAUGUAAUAUUUACAAAUCAAACUUUAUUACAUUCCUGGAAUUCAGUUUGAUAUACCAAUAGUAAUAAUGAUUAAAUAUUUACUUUGAUUACUGUGAGGGAAAAUUAAAUGUUCAAUUCUAUUAAAACAAACUUGUCAAAGAAACUGCUCUCCUUGCAAAUAUAACCUUAAAGGUUACAAAGAAUCUAGAGCAAUUGUGUCUUUCUUUUAUUUUGCUCCAGGUAACAAAUUAUAUAUUCAGGCAUUUCAUUGCUGGUUUGCAUUCAGAAGAAUUUGAUGUUAGUAUUUUAAAGCAGUUUUUUUCCACAAUAUUUUUUAAUACUUGAAAUUGUUACAUAUACACUGCUACUAGAAAUUAGAAUUUAAACCUUUUUGAUUUUAGUAUUUAUAGAGUAGAUCAUGGGCACAUUUGAAUCAACCAAAUCACUGUUAGAGCUAGUAAAAGAGGCAGAUGAAUGAAUGGCUGUGGUCACCAUUUUUUCCUCUUGCUUUUGAAAAGAGUAUUCCUUACAUUUUUAUUAACAAUAUGAGCAUUUUCUUGUCAAAUCCCAUUGCAUCAACAAUGCUGUGAUUUACAGUAGUUUAUUGAUAUUUACAAGCACUCAUUGCAUGUGCACAUGUAUGUGUAUUUCUGAAGCAAGACAGCUUCUCAAAGCAAUUUGGGAACUUUCCCUCAAAUUUUAAAAUCACCAUUUUAAGAAUAUUUACACACCUGGACUGGGAAUAUGGCUCUACAGACUCUCUAUAGACUGGGAAUAUAAUGUUGGAACAUGCAUGAGGACUGGGGUUCAAUCCCCUGCACUACAACAAAAAAGGAAAAGAAAAAAUAUACACACACGGACAUAGACUGAACAGGAUAGUAUAAAGCAACUAAAAUUGACAUGAGUUAUAUGCCCAUCCAGUGUACUUAGGUAAAGAAACUUCCAUGUUUCAAGGUCAAGUUAGUAUUUGAAUGAAGCAGAGAUUUAAAUUUAGGAUUAGCUUUUGGAAUGUAUCUUGUUUUUAUUGUCUUAUAUUUCUUGCACUUAUCUGCUUUUCCCAUAUUAUGUUUUGAUUUCUUCCUCAUACAUCUUGAUCUUGGUUUAACAAAGCAAGUUAAUAUCAGAGAUUAACUGACUGAAUUCAACAUUAACCAUUUUGUACUUACACAAAACCUUCUUAGUAUUUUGUUUUCAAUGAAUAACAAACUAAGUUAACUUAAGAGAUAAGAGAUCUUGAAAGGUUAGAAGGCAAAUAGUUGAGAAUAGUUGUGGUCCCUACAUUAAUGUUGGCAUAUGCAGCAGAUAGUUGUAAAAUCCUGCUGAAGAAAAAUUAAGGCAAGAAUUUUCAGAAUUGCCCUCAAAACAUCUCAUUUAUUUAAAUUACCUUUUAAAAAGCAGUUUUGUAGUUUUGCUUAACAUUCUUAUUCAUUGUAUCAGUUACUUUAAAAUAUGAUGGAAAGCUUAUAGGUUUUACCUAUCACAGUUCUUAGGCAUGCUGGAAACUUACUAAUGUUUAAUAAAAUAAUCUGAAGGCCCUAAAGACAGUCCAAAAUUUUGUAUUUUAAGGAACUGGAUAUGUAGAAUUCUGGAUCAUUUUGUAUUUAAAAAUCUAACUUUUUGUCUUGCCUUGAGCAAAGUUUCUGUGCCUCAGUUUACUCUUUAAAUAUGUAGAGAAUGCCCUUUCUCACUCACCUUCUCUCACUUUCUCACUCUCUUCUUUGUGCUUCACACUCCUGAAUAAAGGGCAUAGUAUAAGCACAAAAUAUUACUUAAAUUAUCACAGAUAUUACACAUCUUGGUUCUUGGAUGUGCAGACUUUUUCCAAUGACAAGUCCUUUUUAAAAAAUACUGUCAAAAUUUGUUGAAUUAUCUUGUCUUUGAGUAUCGCAUCAUGUUUCCAAAAUGUAUUUUGCAGUUGCUUUCCUGUUCUGUAGACUAGUGUCAAAAUCAAGAGUAUUUGGGAACUAUAAAAAGCAUUUUAAAACCUAUUUUUUUCCAAUAUUUUUCACAGAUCUAAAUGUUUAGAUUAUCUUUGCUUUUUCCUCUGUGUUAUAAAAUGCUGUCACAUUGCUAAUACAUAUAAAAGUUUUUUGCAUGGGUGAAAUUGAUUUAGAUCUUUCAAAUACUAUAAUUUUAGGGAUAUUGAAGUUACUUGUGUUUUUUUAGUGUAAUAUGUGCAUUUGAGAAUGUGCAAUUAAAUUCAUUCUGAAAGUGAAAAUAGUAAAGAAACUCAUUGGAAUUUUAGAGUACUUAGUUUCUCUGAUAGUUUGGUGUCUUUUGUUACUGAUGUUCAACACUUCUAAAACUAUUAGGAAAAUAUUAUGAGGAAUUGAAGUUAUUUUUCUCAGGUAACAGUUUAAAAUAUACUAAAUAUUAAAAUUAAAGGCUUCCUGAACAAAAUAUAUUGCAAAAUAUAGGAUGAAUGUGAGGGCAAAUUCAUGUUGCUAGAACUUAUUUUGAGGAUCUAUGUAAAUUUUAAUUCAUGCAUGUCUCUUAGUUAGUCUUGAUGUCUUUGCCAUUAGAAAAUAGAAUUUAAUAAACUGUUAUAUACAUAUAUAUUUUUACAUGAAGGAUUCUAGUUUCUAAUUUCUUCUGAUCUCAAGAAAAUCUUUAAAAAAAAACAAAACAGGGUAAAAUUUUCAAACUCUUGCCUCAAGUUCAGCUUUGUCCUGUUGUUCUGAGAAAGGAGGAAAUUUAGACUUGUCUAACUAGGAGAUAUUUUUUAGGGCAUGGUACCAUCCCAAGUAGGGUGUUAAAAUACUAUGACAUAAAUAUAAAAUCCAAGCUUUGAACUACAGUGGAUUUAAACAAUAAAAAAAGAAAAUUCUACAGUAAAUCUUCUACUUCACCUGAUAUUCUAAGAAUUUCUUUAAACCAGUUAAUUUGUCACUGGUAGCUUUACAAACUUUAUACCCAUGAGCAUUGUCCUUUGAGAGACAAGGAUGCCUUAUAAAUAAGAGGAGCGCAAAUCAAAAUUCUUUGGAAGGUGAUCCUUUGGAUAAAGUAGAUAUUUUACAGUUGUAAAAAGAAAAUCAUGAAACUGAAAUGACCAUUUAAAUUCACAAAUCAAAACCAAUCCAGUUGUGCAUUGUAGUUGAAGUAACUUACAAAGCAAUUAUAACUAAUACAAUGUGUUUUAAGACUGAGAUUGGUAUUUAAUCUUUGAAGAUUGUCUCAAUUUUGUCAAUGUUUUUGUUAUUCUUUUUUACCUAUUGUAUGAAGUAACCAUUUUUCAGAGUACAUAGAAUAUCUUAGCUUUGUAGAUUUUUUUUUAAAUGGGGAAUUGAAAAGUCUCCAUUGUCUUUUGUUUUGCUGUUUUCCUCAAUAAAAUGACAACUAUUGUCAAAGAUCCACAUAUAACAAGUAAGACAAUACGACAGAAGAUUGGUGUAUGAUUACAUUCAUAGUAGCAAAAUCGAUUAUCUUUGCCUAUUAAACUUUAGAGGUACUCCAAAAGUCAUUUCCUAAUGCUAGCUCAUGUGAAUCUUUUCUUGAAUUGUGCAGAAUAAUUGAAUUGAAAAAUAUUUAAGGGAAUAGCAAGUGAAAUGGAAUAAUGACUGAAGAAAAGUUGUAAUCUUGAAAUAUAGCAAAAAAAAGAGAAACAAGUUUUCUUCUUCCACUUUAGUGUUGGACUAAUUGGGUCAAAAAUUUGUUAUGAAGGCCUAAGGGUAUGGCAAAUGGUAGAGCACUUGUCUACCAUGCAUAAGGCCCUGGGUACAAUCUCCAGUACCUGUACCAAAAAAAAAAAAAAAAAAAAUUCCCAUGAGGAGCUGGUAGUAGAUCAGUGGUAGAGCACUUGCCUACCAAGCAAAAGGCCCUGGGUUCAUCCCUAGUAUCCCCAGUACCACACACACACACACACACACACACACACACACACACAAAUAUAUAUAUAUAAAAUUUGCUUUGACAUACAGAUUUUCUUUGUGCCAGCUAAAAUUGGCCAGUUGAAAAAGAGUUCCUUCUCAAAGAGUUUAAAUAUACAUAUUAUGUUUGAGUGCUUUUUUUCCUCCUCCUUUCCCUUUCUAUCUUAACACUUUUUCUCUUUUUCUGCUUUUGAAAUAAUUCAUCUAAGCCUGGCCCAGGGCACAUACGUAUAAUCCCAACUAAUGUGGAGGCUGAGGUAGGAGAAUCACAAAUUAAAGGCCUGUAUGGCAAUUAGCAAGACCUUGACUCAAAAAAAAGGGAUGGGGAUGUAGCUCAGUGGUAGAACAUCCCUGGAUCCAAUUUCCAGCACCAAUAAAUAAGUAAAUUUGUUUUGCUUUAAUUCCAAUUCAAUAAUAAUAAUAACCCUAGAAAUUAAUAGGAAAGAGGAUCAAAAUACAUUGUUUGAAUAAGGACAUUUACCCAACUUAAUGUUGAACUGAUUUCUAUGAAAUAAAUGUAUUGUUUUCAAUGCUAAUUAUGCUAAAACUACUUAACUAUGUUUUAACAAGUUUAAAAACUUCCAUUUUUAGAUGAUACUCCUAAAAAAGGCAUAUUGUAUAGGUGGGAAAGUAUAAAAUAUUUAUGACAGAAUUAUUCAGUAUUAUUCAACAUUUAAUUUCAUGUCUGUUGUUGUACCACAAGUGUAGUGUUGUUGUUGGAUUAAAAUGUUGGGUGUUUUUGUUAUUAUGCUUAAAACUGUAACCAGUGAAUAACACCUGUAGUAUUUUUUAUUAUAGAUUAUAUUUUAUUUCAAUAAACUUUGAUAUUUAGACCAAA